AUGGGGGGAGGGAAUGUGGUGAUUCUCGGAGGUGGCGUCGUAGGAGGCGGUGUAAUGGGGGUCAACGCUCCCGAAGUGGUAGUGGGCGCAGGAGGAGGAGGAGGAGGAGUACUAGGAGGACCAGGCAUAGGGACCCUAGGAGGACCAGGCGUAGGGGCCCUCGGAGGACCAGGCGUAGGGGCCCUCGGAGGACCAGGCGUAGGGGCCCUCGGAAGACCAGGCGUAGGAGGACUAGGAAGCCCAGGAGUCCUUGGAGGAAUAGGAGGCGUGAUUGGGGGUGUGCCGUGCAGCAUAGAAGGAGGCUCCUUUGGCUCCUGUAAUGGCGACGUCCUGACCGCCAGCUCCAGGGACUCGCUGUUGGGACACCGCGCGAAGCAGGGCGACAUGAUGGACUCAUUCCGAGGAGAGGACACGACCCUUCCUAUUCUCGGUAUUCAGAAGCUCAGUGAAAACCCCGGCCGACACGUGGUCCUAGAAGGCAUGCGGCCGCUCGGCUCUUCGCUGAGUACCUCGUGCUCCAGCUUCAGGGGCGGCGUCCCUUCAGGAGCUCUCGGCACGGUGGGCGGCCUCGCAAGCCUGACGGGGACGACCGGCUUGAUCGAGACGCCGUCGACGUCCGCCUCUCACCUCCUGCAGGUCACCCUCAUCCCGGAGGAAGCGGGGAAGGACCGGAGUCCCUCGCGCGUCCCUCGGGUUUCGGAGGGCGUGAGCGUUUUAAUUAUAACAAUACUAGAAGAAACAGAGUGUCCAUGGACAUGCUCCUCUUUGAACCUUGUGACUGCAGUAAUGCCCCCUGGCGAGAAUAAACCCCAACAUAGAAUAGACCCCAACAUAGAAUAA